AUGGUGCUGCCUGUAAAGAAGAUGCUUGCGUUCACGCUGUGUGUGUCAACGUUUGCCGCGCUGGAUGUGGCGCAAAUUCUGGCGCUACAGACCCAUUCACACCGCACACUUGAAGGAAUUCACCAUAGGACCCAGUAUGCGCCGAAGGUGGUGAAGCAGCCAAAAGAUACGCCUGAGCAGGAGGAAGAGAGCGAAUCGUCUGAUUCAUGUGACUCACACGAUAUACAAGAAUCAGGAUCACUCGACGUUAAUUUACUUGUCUCGGAUGAGCUGGAACUUACCAGCGCUCAGGAUGUGGACCUUGAUGUUGACGGUGGUGCUAAACUAGACAUUAUCUUGACCGACGGUGAGGUUCUCGACUACGAUGGUAAUGGUGAGCAAACAAUCGAUUUAUCGUCAUCGUGUAGUCUCGACUUCUCUGCUGACGCCAGUCUCGAUGCAAUGCAUGAGAUGAACACGGAGUUGGAUCUAGCGGAUGGUAAUGUUGAUCUGGAACUAAACGAUGAUGAAGAGUAUACCCAGGAUCUUGAGUUUAACCAUAAUGAGAUUAUAGACGAGAUCAUCGAUGUUCCAGAGGGUGCCAAGUCUAUCCAUUUGCGUGUGCAUAAUGGCAAUGUGGACCUUGACAUUAUUAAGGAAGCUGUACAGCCGACUAGAAGCGAAGCUCAUCCUAAGCAGAAGGUUGCGGGAUCUACAGAAAAAGAGCCAAAAAAGAAGGAAAAGAAGGAGCACAAGAAAGUUGGGACGACCACUGCCACCCCUACGAAGGAGACGUCCCCGACGGAGGAGAUUUCGGUAUCCUACGCCGCUGAGGCCAAAGAGUGGAUCGGUAAGAAUGCUGUCAACUACGCCAUCAUGGGUAGCAUCAUUGGUGCUGCUGUGGGCAUCGUCGGUAUCGCCGGUAUAGCAAUUGUCAAGCGUCGCAAGCGUUCGUCCGACUCAGCAGAAGACGCGCCAGCCGACAUUGAUGCUGAGGUCGAACUAGGCGAGUCAGAUUUGGAAAGCGAUUCUUACAGUGACGAAGACGUCAAGGCCAGUCCAGCGGCACUCACGGAGGAGAGUGCUGAAGAAGAAGGAGCUGAAGAGAAGAAAUCUAGCGUUGUGGAAGGAUCUGUGUAA